GGGCUCCCUCUCUCGCACAUCCGCCUCCCCAACCAGCACAGACACGAGGCGAAAACCCUCAAACCCUAAUCCCCAUGGCGGACUCCGACGCGACGGCGCCGCCGCCGGAGGUGGCGCCCGAGACGACGCAGACCCCAGCCGCAGGCCUCUCCGCUGACGCCGCAUCCGACCCUGCCGUCCCCGCGCUGGAAGAGACCGCCCCGGAGGCUGCCGAGGGCGAAGGCGACCACAAGAGGAAGCUCGACGAGGUCGAUGCGGGCGCGGAUGCGAACGGCGACGCGGAGGACGCCAAGCGGCCUCGCGUGGACGGCGACGGAGCAGAUGCGGAAAACAUUGAGACCUCCGAUAAGCCUGAGGAGCAAGCUCCUGCGGCUACUGAAGGGGUAGCAGAUGCCGAGAACGGCAAGGCUGCUCCUGAUGGGGGCUUGCAGACAAGCUCCGAGGACAAGCCGCAGGAGGCCGCAACAGACACCGUGACUGAAGCACCACCACAGCAGCAAGGAGGUGAUGCAACCGGUGCUGCGCAGGAGACUACGCGGCUAAUUGAGGUGCCCAAUACCAAGGUCGGUGUACUUAUAGGAAAAGCUGGUGAAACGAUCAGAAACCUGCAAGUGAGCUCAGGCGCCAAGAUCCAAAUCACAAAGGAUGCAGAUGUUUCUGCAGAGGCUGUUACUCGUCCAGUGGAAUUGGUUGGAACUCUUGAAAGUAUUAACAAGGCUGAGCAGCUUAUUAAGAGCGUUAUAGCUGAGGCUGAGGCUGGUGGUUCCCCUGCCUUGAUAGCCAAGGGUUUUGGGUCUGGACAGUCAGGUUCAGAACAGUUUGAGAUGCUUGUCCCUGAUAAUAAGGUUGGUUUAAUUAUUGGAAAAGGUGGUGAGACAAUAAAAAACCUGCAAACUAGAUCGGGUGCUCGAAUCCAGUUAAUUCCUCAACAUCCUCCUGCCGGUACUACAUUAACUGAAAGGACUGUGCGUGUUACUGGCAAUAAGAAGCAGAUAGAAGCUGCAAAGGAACUGAUUAAACAAGCUAUGAAUCAGGCCUUUCCAAGAAAUACAACUCAGACUGGUGGCUAUGGGCCACAGCAUCACCACCCUCAGAGUCAUGGUGCAGGCUCUCAGUGGGGGCCACGUUCUCAGCCACAGCAGUAUGGAUAUCCACCAAGGGGGCCUCCACCUCAGAAUGCGCCAUACUCUCAGCCACCCUAUGGUGGCUAUCCACAGCAGCCUCCGCCAAGAGGUGGCAUGGGCUGGGAUCAGAGGCAGGGUCCACCGCCUCAUUCUUCACACCAGGGUGGUGGUUAUGACUAUUACAAGCAUGGAUCUCAACCAUAUGAAAGCCAGCCACCAAACUACCCUCCUGGACCAGGUAACUACAACAGUUAUGGGCCACCAUCAGCUCCAAGCUAUGGACAACCUCCGUAUCCGCAGUCUGGACCUCCACAGAACUAUGGCCCUGGAUAUGGUGAUCCUAGAUACAGCGCUCCUGCACCAACCCAGUACUAUGGGCAGCCACCAGCGGGUCCACAGCAAGGCUACCCUCAACAGCCAGAUCCUUAUGCCAGACCUCCAUAUGGUGGACCUGCACAAUGGCCACCCAGAGGCGGCGCUCCUGCUGGAGACGGUGCUUACCAGGCGCCACCUCCUGCGUCUUAUGCUCCACCAGCUCAGCAACCUCCUGCUUAUGGUCAGACAUACCCAGCAACAGGACCUGAUGGGUAUGCUCAACAGGGUUACCCACAGCAGGGUAGUCAAGCGCCGGCAACGUAUGGUCAGAGUGCUCCGGCAGGACCAGGGUACAGUCAGCAAGGUGGCUAUGCACAGUAUCCUCCAUCACAACCUGCAUAUGGUGGCGAUCAAUCAGCUCAAAACAGUGCCAACUACGGGUACCAGGCAGCUCCAGCUGAUCCCAACUAUGCCAAUGCUGCCUACCCACAGUCGGGAUAUGCUGCUGCACCAGCAACUGGGCAGCCUGGAUAUGGUCAGGCAGGAUACACCCAGCCACCUGCAAAUCCGCCAAGUUAUGAUCAGUCAGCGCCACCACCAGCCGCUGCUCAAAGCGGUUAUGCUGCACCCCCUGCGAAUCCACAGCCUGCUGUUGCAAAGGGCGUGUCACCGCAGCCUGCCGCUGCUGCUGGAUACGGCGGGCAGUGGACUGCAUGAGUUCAGUUUCUGAAGCCCUGCUGAUAGCAAGAUACAAUUGAACGCCAUGUUUUGUCUCUUGAGCACCAUCCUCUGUCGUGAACUGUAAGCUCCAGGCGUAUAAUUGUUCUGCUGCAUCUCUGUAGUACCUAGUAGAUGGUUACGACAGCUUUGAACUUCCUUUUCAGCUGAGAAGAGAACCUUGUGAGGUUAUAACUGUAAUUUCUGGAUAUCUUUUCAGUUCGCUUUGUCUUCACUUUGCUUGCUGAUGCAAUCGUUUCUGUUCUGGAAA